AUGAAUCUUUGUUUGUAUAAUUCGCAGAUAAAACAAUUUCUUGAUAUUCGAAAUGAUUUCAGUGUUGUCCAAUUUCGGUAUGAUGGUGCUAAAGGUGUCGUUAGUAUUAAUCCAGAUAUGCCAAAACAUAUUCAUUUAUUUAUUCGUGAUAGCAUGAAAAAAUUCCAUAGUAAUCAUGAUUGUUUUGAAGUCUGUAAACUCUCAGCACCUCGACCAAUAUAUCUUAAUCG